UCCUUUCCGUUCGUUUCAACAAUAACAUUUUUCCUCCCAUCUCUUUUUAUCGCCGUGUUAAUCGAUAAUCGAUUAGUUGAACAAAAUGCUACCACUGUCACUGUUAAAAACGGCGCAGAGCCAUCCUAUGUUGGUGGAGCUGAAAAAUGGUGAAACUUACAAUGGUCACUUGGUCAGUUGCGACUCCUGGAUGAACAUCAAUCUGCGCGAUGUAAUUUGCACCUCAAAGGAUGGCGAUCGUUUUUGGCGGAUGCCGGAAUGCUACAUCCGUGGUAGUACCAUUAAAUACUUGCGUAUUCCCGACGAAGUCAUCGACAUGGUGAAGGAGGACGCGCAGGCAAAGUCACGGAACCGAACGGAGAUGAACAAGAACCGUGGCGGCAACUCAUCGCAAAAUCAACGCGGAGGCGGCGGUGGUGGUCGACCAGGUGGUGGCAACAGAAACAAUGCCGGCAAUCGCAGUGGCCAAGGCUAUGGAGGAGGUCCUAGCAACAAUGCAAUGCGCCUGGGAGGGGCGGCUGGUCAACAAGGGAAUCGCCUGCCACAUGCUGCCAAAAACAAUAGAAAAUAGUUAUUGUACAGACGGCGACCGGCGUAGUAGUAGUAAUAAAUUCCCUUCAACCAUUUAA